ACAACAGCAGCAUCAGACAAGAGAAAACCUAAUGAUGGAGGAAUUUGAAGACCAAGAUGCUCCUUCUGUUGAGGAUCUGAUUCAAUGCCACACCUGUAAAAGAAGUUUCUUCCCAAAAGUCCUGGAUAAGCAUGCUAAAAUCUGUCAAAAGUCAGCGACCAAAAAGAGGAGGGUUUUUGACUCCAGCAGACAGAGAGCUGAGGGCACAGACAUCCCCACACUCAAACCUGUCAAACCAAAGUCACAAAGUUCAUCUUCUACUGAGAAACCAGAACCCCCUAAGAAGCAAUCCAACUGGCGCAAGAAACACGAUGACUUCAUUGCCACCAUCCGGGCUGCCAAGGUGCUCACUCAGGUCAUGAAGGAUGGGGGACCAUUGCCCCCACCGCCUCCUCCCACUUAUGACCCAGACUAUGUCCAGUGCCCCUACUGUCAGCGGAGGUUCAACGAGAAUGCUGCUGACAGACACAUCAAGUUCUGCCAGGAGCAGGCGGCACGAAUGCCCAACAAGGGCAAGUUAGGAGACGUGAAGAAGACUCCUGCUCGCACACAGUACAAGCCUCCUGCUUCAGUAAAGAAGACCAACUCUCCUGCUGCGUCAACCACCCCUUCAGCCUCCUCUCGCUUACCCCAGAGAUCAGGCCUCGGACAGCCCAGUGGAAUCCCAUCUAGUAAGAGCUCGUCUGCAGGUUCAAUUAGGACUAAUCCUUCCGGCCUCACAAGCCCUCCUUCAGGGGUGGGAAGUAAGACCCGAGCGAUGAGCUCUGGCUCCGUGAGGAACACUCAGUCUGGAACAGCUCUCAACAAGAAGAAAGUAGACACCUACAUAUCAAGGAACGAUGUCGAUGGCAUGAACGAAGUUGGCAACGGUGGGAUGAAGAGCAGGUUCUGCCAUGCUUGUGGGACCAAGUACCCUGUUGAAUCCGCCAAAUUCUGCUGCGAGUGUGGGGUCAGGAGGAUGUGCAUCUGAUGGAGGUCAGAAGAAGGGGAAACUAGAGGAACAUAGGGAUGCACCGGUACUCAAACUAGCAUCUGAGGGUUUCACAAGGCUAAUAAUCGUAAAGAAUCAAAUCCGUCUGUAUUGUCACUCUUGGGUCUAAUUUCACGGCAGUGGGGUGGUGUAAUCUGCAGACAACCCUACGGCGCUGUGUUUUCUCUCUAAAUGCUGUUUAGUUUUUAUGGAAUUCGCUGGUCCCUUCCACUCCAUGGACCAAGAUACCGGUAAGGUAAAUCCAAAUCAAGCUAUUAGGACGAGCAGCUAGCAUGGGUAGGUGAUAUCAUAUUUUUCAUGCAGUCUCACUGGAUACUGAACAAUUCCUGAGUAGCCAUUUUUAUAGUACAAAUACAACAACCAUAAUUUACAAUAAAUUUAGCAUUUAGGCACUAUGGAUCUCUGAUCUGGCUUAAAGUUCUGUUAAAUCAUAUUAAGGUUUGUGAUAUCAGUAACCGAUAUGGCUGACGCAGGAACAACCCACGCAGCUCAUUAGCUUUUAAUUAGCUUCCCUCUUACUGCUGGAUUUCCCCACAACAUCGCUGCCUUUCCCACCAGCUCAUAACCAUGAGCAUUAUUGCCGUGAAAUUAGAGUCUGUAUUAUUGCAAAAACUCAAUUUUAUUGUCACCGGGCAAUAACCAAUAAUAAUUACCCCACAGAGCAGAGUCAAUAUCAGCAACUGAAAGCUAUUGGUGCACCUUUAGAAGAGGUUAGGAAAAAUAUGAGUACAAGAGGAAGUAACAGCUCAGAAGUGGGUUGUAAAAUGAGUAAAAUAAGGUGAAGGAAAAGUGUGGGGUGACUCAUUAGAGGUGCGUGUGAUGGCCCCUGUAUCAGUCUCCAGUCAGCCGUGACCUGAAACGCGUUCCUUAAUCCCGUUUGCCUCCGCUUCCUCACAAAGAGAAUAUGUUCCCUGUUGAAGUGCAAUAUGAAUUGACUACUGAAGAAAACAAUGUGGUUUUUAAAGGAAAUGUGGAAUUUUGGAAAGAGGUCCUCCUGUCUUGAUCAGAACCAGUCCAAAAACGAACUAACUGUCUAAAGGUCAGUGCUUUCUUUAAGGUCACUUUUCAGGCAAAGUUUGUUCCCAUCACAGGCCUGACGUUUCUAGACAAAUGUAGCAUUUCCUCAAACCCCUUUAAUCCACCUUAUUUUAUACAGUGUAAUGAGUUAUUUAUUUUCUUAUUCCCUUUCAUAUUUACUGAAUGAACAAUGACCGCACCUUUUUUGUUAAUGCUCUACAGAAUUGAAAUGUGUUUUUAUUUGGAUUUGUAUGAAACCUAAAUCACCUGGAUGUGUUGCAGUUGCUUUUUGCUCGACAGUAUUUCUAUUGAAUAUGUAUUCAAUGCAUUAAGGUAUUUAAAGUCAAGACUACAGUAACACUACAGUCAUUUUAAAUGCUCUGAUCUCUCCGCUUCACAUAACAGACACUAUUUAUGACCCAGGUGGGACACUAAGAUGGGAAAGUCUCUACUUAAGGUGCAUAGUUACAGUGAGUAAGUAUGUUAAUCUUUGAGUUCUUUGAGGAGCAUGGCAUUUGUUCCAAGGUCAAAGAAGCAAACUAUAUUUAUGUUACAUGAGGAGAAGUGUUGAAGCAGACUGGACAAGUGUGUUUUCCUGUUCUGAUAACAGCAGUUGUUAGCCUGGAAGUGAUUGUGCACUUAAUGCCAUGUAUAUCCACCAUCAAUAAAUUUCUAUGAAGACAU